AUGGAUUCGAGCUUAACAGAUUUACUCUUGACUAGCUACUUAUCUGAACAAUUACGCACAAAGUCAUCCUAUAUUUAUGGAUGGACUCCACCAUCUCAUAAUUUUUCAACGCUUGUCGAUAGUUCUACUCACAAUCCAUUGUUAUCACUUGAGAAAAUUUAUAAUCAUCUACAACAAAAUAUCUAUUCAUCAACAGCAACAACAAACACCGUUCCAUCUGCUAGUGUUUCAACUGUGGGAGGUGAUGAUAAUUCAUCAGUUAUAUCAACAAUCGUUGGAGAAGACAAAAUCGAGACAGAUUCACAAAUAAGUAUAACUGUGUGUGAUGAAGCUAAAACAGUGAAACGUCAGUUUACGUGUAAUCGUACAUUACUUAUACGUGAAAUGCGUUAUUUCAGUGAUUAUUUAAAAGAUGAACCCGAACAAUUAGAAGAAGUUGAUAUUAGUGUCCAUUGUGAUUUAGACAUAUUUCAAUGGUUAAUGAAUUAUGUUAAACGAAAUAGUCAUAAUCAACUCGAACCACAACUUGAACCACGUAUUGCCAUAUCCAUAUUAAUAUCAUCUGAUUUUUUAAAAAUGGAAAAAUUAGUGGAAAAAUCUUUAGAUUAUAUUCAUACUCAUAUAAGUGAAAUAAUUCAAACAAAUUGUAAUAUGGCUUCUAUUCCCGAACAUCUUGUUAAAUCCUUAGUACAAUUAUUUUCAUCACCAUAUGAAAUUGAAUCAAUAAAAGAUCGAAAAGAUAAAAUUCGUAGUAAAUUAUUUGAAUAUUCACUUGAACAUAUGUUAACAUCAACAUUGACAAAAUUAAUUCGUUGUGCUACAUGUCAAAAUAUUAUGACAAUUGAAGAUAUGAUGUUAUUACCAUGUUUAGAAGAAAAAAUGUUUAUCAAACAAAAUGGUAAAUUAUUUUAUCAACAUAAAAUCGAUUCUAAAUUUGAUAUUAAUCAAUGGAUAAAAGAUAUAUAUCAACGUUCAGAAUUAUCGUGGCGUGAUACAUAUUGGAUGGUUUGGUAA